AGGAAAGCUUUACUUUAAACUGUUCAAUCGCUAACAUUUACAGAGGUGCCAGGAAGGUCUCCCGAAAGACGGGUGAGGUCACAGUUUUGUCUGAAUUUUAACAUCUGAUGGAAGAGAAACCCCUGGCAGACUGGAACAGUGGUCUCUGCGACUGCUGUGAUGACGCAAGUUCAUGCUGCUUUGGUUACUGGUGCAGCCCGUGCCUCGCCAGCAGAGUUUCCAGACGAUUUGGAGAGAACCCUUUUCUCUUCUGUUUUGAUAAUAGUGGUUAUUUUGGGUGUUCUUGUCCUGGAGCCUUGUCCAUGAGGGUUGCCAUGCGAUACAAAUAUGGAAUCAAGGGCUCCCUCUGUAAAGACAUUUUUAUUUCCUGGUGCUGUACGAGCUUGUCCUGGUGUCAGAUGCAUCGUGAGUUAAAACAUCGCAAGAAGGACCCCGUGGUCAUCAGUGCACAGUCUCCAACUACCGUCAACAUGCAGCCAGCUCCAGUGAUGAUGAUGAUGAUGCCUCCUCCUGUCAAUUAUAUCUGCCAGCCAGUAGUCGUCCAGGAUUCAGGCUAAUAUAAGGGUUGCUUUAAUAUAAUCCAACCUAUGAAGCACAACAACUUGAUCUUUUUGAAUCAUGAUUCCAAAAUGUCAAUGUGUGGUAAACCAUUUAGUUUUGUAGGGAAAGAAACAGAUAAAAACAAUUAAAUAGGUGUAAAUUAAUUAAGUCUUUCAUAUACUCUUAAACCUCUGGUUUAUUGUAUUAUUUAAUUUAUGGCAAUAAUUACAAUAUGAUGAUUUGAAGAUUUUCUUAAUAUGUAAAUGCAAAUUUAAGAUGAUGUAAUUUAAAUUAACAUUCGGCUAUGCUGUUUAAACCAACUCACUGAAACAAAAGUGAGGAUUUCUUUACAGGUCUUUAGUCGUGAAAACCUUUAGUGAAGAUAGAUUUUUGAUAAAUUGUUCAGAAAAUUAAACAGAUUAAGGUCAGUCAACAAACAACAAUACAUUAAAGACAGUGGGACUCAUGUUUUAUUUUAGUAUUUUCUUUUCCAAUCAAUCGGUUUCAUUUUGCAGUACUUUCAUACUAUGAAGCAACACAAAACACUUUACAGAAUUAAAACAGACCACUUACCUAAAUGACUCUCACAAAAAAGAACACUUUUAACAGAACAAUACGGUGCCUUGCAAAAAUAAAGACACACAACACAACCUGUAAAGGGAAAGGAAAACAUUGCAUGGGAUCACAUAUUUAAGCAGAUGAAAAUCAGAAAUGUGUGAUAUGUUCAUAUGCAUUCUGCUCCUUUCUCUCUUUUACUCUUCAAUAAAAUCAAGUGCCACCAACUGCAUCCUAAAGCCACUUUGUAGAAGCAUCUGUGUCCAAUUGAAUCUGUAUAAAUACAAUGUUCUGUGAAGGCCUCAGAAAUUGGUUGGAUAAUGUUAACAAA